UUGGAGGUUGUUGAAGAUAUUGAUGCCUUCAACAACUACCCAUGGGGUUGGAGAUGUUUUCUUGAUACAUUACGCGUGUUUAGGAGGGGGUUUUCAAUGCCAAAGGGGGAUAAGCCCGAGCGCAAGUACGAUGCAUAUGGACUGCCGUUGGCGCUGCAGAUAUGGGUGUACGAGACUGUCCCCAUCUUGGCCAGUCGGUAUGCGAGGAGAGGAGAGAUACGCUAUCCUCGGAUGCAUCACUGGCGAGCACAAGACAAGCCGCUUGCCAGACAGUUAUCGGCUCUCCUCGACGAUCCCAAGGUACCUUGAAGUUCUCACUGAAUUGGCACCGUCGAUCGAGGAGGAGAGUCAGUUUUAUAUUCGCGAAUUGCCUCUUCGUACUGCGCAUGACGAUCAGAUGCCUGAGUCCAGGAUGGAUCGAGAUAGGGAGGAUCGUUCAGUAUUACCUCCGUUGAGGAUAUCACCUCCACCGAGGAGAGCACGUCCAGCGAGGAUGUCACCUCCGGUGAGAAGAUCACGUCCAGCUACGCCAGAGGUUCAGAUGCCUGAGUCCAGCGUUGAUCGAGAUAGAGAGGGCCGUCCAGUAUCGCCUCCUGCACCUAGUCCCCGUGCUUCGACGAUUGAUUUGUUCGACCUCCUGAUGGAGAUGAGAGGAGACAUGGCAGAGUUACGGGAUAAUGUCGUGACACUAUGAGCUGAGUUCGGGGACAUGGCACAGUUACGAUAUGAUGUCGCGAUGUUACGAGCUGGAUUAGGAGACCUCCAUGCUGAGGUUGUAGCGAUACGGGGUGACAUAGCAGGCCUGCGUGGGACGAGCGAUUAUCGAGAUGGAGGAGGUAGCGGAGGGACAGGUCACUAUCAGGACGGAGGGGGUGACGGAGGGACUAGUGGCUAUCGAGACGGAGGGACUGGUGGUUAUCAGGACGGAGGGGGUGACGGAGGGGUCGGUGGUUAUCAGGGAGGAGGGGGUCAGAUGGGGUAUGUUGACUCAUCGUGGCCAUCAGUUGUUGCAUUUGAUUCAUUUUUAGAUGACACGAUGGGGAUGGAGGAGCGAGAGAGGAUACCUGUGGUGGAGGGGGUG